AUGAAUCAAUCCCAAUCCCCUGUUGUUUGGUUUCAAAACCAAAUUAAAAUCUCUAAGAGAAGGGGCUCUCAUUUAAUCACUAAUGAAGUCACUAGAUGUGUUUCUCAACAACUCAAAACUAUUAAAGUUGGAAUGUGUAAUGUAUUUUUAAUGCAUACAUCUGCUUCAUUAUGUAUUAAUGAAAAUUGUGAUCCAUCUGUAAGAAAAGAUAUGGAAACUAUUUUUAAUAAACUAAUCCCUGACGGAACAAAGCCAUAUGAACAUUGCAUGGAAGGAGAUGAUGAUAUGCCAGCACAUGCCAAAUGUUCUAUGUUUGGGUGUAGUUUAAAUAUUCCAAUAAGAGAAGGUGGUUUAUGUUUAGGGACAUGGCAGGGUAUCUAUUUAAACGAACAUAGAGAUGACGGUGGGUCAAGAACGAUUGUUGUGACACUCAAUGGAAUUAAAUAA